AUGAAUAUACAAUACACGCAACCUGAAGCAGGACCCUCCACUCUCCCUCCACAGGAAACAGGACCCUCACGCGCUUCAAGUUCUCCUUCCCAGCCUCCUUCGGCGCGCUUGCACCCACUCCCUACUGCACAUCUCUACUCUAUCGAGUACCCAGGUUACGUUCGCUCAACAUCUGUUCCUCAAGCUGUAGGACGUCUCGGCGGCGCCUCUGCACUCGAGACCGCGUUCCGCCGCCCUGCGCGCGGCGGCGAAGCGUUGCUCGAGCUGCACCUGCGACCCGGCGACCCGUACUCCCAUCCCGUCGCCGGAGAAGUCGUGCCUACCUGCAACAUUGUGCUGAAGGUUGUGAAGCGCAAACGCAAACGUUGCGAGGGUGGUGAGGAGGGUCGGUCGGUCGGAGAGUACACCGUCCAAGCGGUCGGGGUCGUGCCGAAAACCGCUCGCUUCAGAAGCAUGGCGGACUUCCAGUUCCGGCCAGACAUGUCUGAUCCUAUCGCAAAGUUGCGCCAGUCAAUGGACACUAUGGACGUCGAGGGAAUACUCCAGUAUCACAUUGCACCGGAGACAGAGAACUACACUAUUGAUGACACAGUCGCGGAGUCUACCGUAGACGCAAUGGCCAUCGAUCCCCAGCUACUUGGAGAAGGUGAAAGGACGCUCGCAGCACCGAAUGCAGAUUCUGCCACAAAAACACGAAGCAAUCUCCGACUAUUUCCUCCACCACUGUUUAGCAGACAAGGCGUGCCUCAGAACUAUGGCUACAAAGCCAACACGGCCUCCGUAGAAACCAUCGUCGUAGAUGACGACACUGGCGUCGAGAAGAGACGGUUGAUUAACCGUAUGCGCUGGAAGGGCCUUGGGCCGAUUUCUGUCGCAUACUCCGACAAGAACAUCCCAGACAAACCAUCGAAUGCAGUCGAAGAACAGCGUGAUACAGCCGACAAGAAGAUCUUGAACAAGCUAGAAGAGAUUUUCACAGAACGCCCUGUCUGGACUCGUGCGGCCGUCUUUAAUCAAUUUACUCCAAUGGAGAUUCGAGAUAUUAUCAACUCCAAGUACCUUUUGCCUCUGGUGUCGUACGUGUUCGAAGAUGGUCCUUGGCGAGAUACGUACGUUCGCCUUGGCUACGACCCUCGUCAGGAUCCAGACGCUCGUUUCUACCAACGGCUUUACUUCCGCAACGUCAACCACCCUAUCGUUCGACCCUCUGUCGUCUCCCGUCGGCAAGAGCAGCGCGUCGAGUCCGCGCAAGCCCGAUUCUCCGGCAUGGACGAACGACGGUCGCACGUCUUCGACGGUCUCUCGGCCACGUCCGAGACGGCCGCGUUCCAGCUGUGCGACAUCACGGACCCGAUGCUGAAGGAAAUGAUCGAGGCGGAGGAUGAAGAGACGCUGCGCGAGACGUGCAACGAGCGCGACGGGUGGUACGCGACGCACGCGCUCGAGUGCAUCAAGACCGUCUUGCGUCAUAAGUUCUUCUCGCUUCUGCAGGGCCACGUCGCGACGCAGGAGGAAUGCGAGCGGCUGCUCGUGCCGCAGGAGGGCACGGAAAAGCUCCCGCAGAGGCACCGGCAUAGGCUGAAGUUCGGGAAGCACAACAUGGCGAAGGGGGCGUUACCGCCAGAGGAUGCCGCGGCUCAUCGACUGAUGAAUGUGAUUGAGCAACAAAGGAAGACGUUCCCCCCAAUUCGCUGA